GGGGUGGGGUGGGGGGUGUUCAUAGUUUAUUAGCCUAGCUAGUGGGGAAGAACAAGAUGGUUGGUGGUGAAUUACAUCAACAACUCAAGAAUCUGUGUUUUAACACUGACUGGAAUUAUGCUGUCUUUUGGAAACUCGAGCAUCAACCGCGAAUGUUGUUGACUUGGGAAGGUGCUUAUUACGACAACAAUGAGAAACACAACCGUUCAAAGAUUAACUGGACCAGUAGCAUGGAUGAUGAGUUGGGAACCCAAGAUCUUGGACUAGCAAUUGCCAGGAUGUCAAAUCGUAUAUAUUCUGUAGGGGAAGGGAUUGUAGGACGGGUUGCAGCCACGGGUACACAUCUGUGGAUAUCCGAGCAUCAACUUGUUAAUAGCUCAUGUUCGUUAGAUAAGUAUGUUGGUGGAUGGAACACACACUAUAUAGCCGCGAUCAGGACUGUUCUUUUUGUUGCUGUUGGUCAAUAUGGGGUUAUAGAACUCGGCUCUUUGGAUACUAUCACUGAGGAUAUGAACCUCGUUAAGCACAUCAGAGAGAUAUUUCUCGAGAUACAAAGUUUUAUAAUGGCGUCCACAGACUGCUCUCCUUGCGUGACAGAUUUGUCUACUACUUCAGGUUCAGUGAGAUCUCACACAUAUGUAAAUGAAGAUAGAGUGACAAGAGAGAAGAACAGGUCAGAUAUGUGGACGGCGGUGACAGUCAACAAUCAUCAAAAACUAGGGAACCCAAAAUCAGUUUUCACCAAAUCUGCAAGUUGCAAGGAUCAAAAUCUGGACUGGUUUAGGCCCGCAUGUUCAAAUGACCAAAUGAUAAAUAUCUCAGAAACUAAUUAUGACGAGUCUUUCAAGUUUCCUGCGGGUUAUGAGUUGUUUGAAGCAUUAGGGCCAGCAUUUUGUAAGCAAAAUAAUAGUUACAAUUCGGAAAUGAUGACUGCGGAGACCCUAACAGUCUACCAAAUGCCGGAAGAAACAAGCGCUAGCAGUCAUUUGACACAAAUAUCCGGUGCUGAAAAUCUUUUGGAGGCAGUCGUAGCUAGUGUUUAUUGCAAUUAUAAUGAUGAAAAUUUGUCAAAGUCAUUAGAGCAGUUACAGAGACCCCAUGAACAAGCUAAGGUAGGGAAAAAACGAGCUAGACCUGGUGAAAGUCGUAAGCCACGCCCUAGGGAUAGACAACUGAUUCAAGACCGACUUAAGGAACUCAGACAGCUUGUUCCCAGCGGAUCAAAGUGUAGUAUAGACUCGCUAUUGGAACGAACAAUCAAGCAUAUGCAUUUUAUGCAAUGUAUCAUGAAGCACACAAAUAAAAUAGAUCAAUCCGCCGAUUUCAAGUUGGCCGGCAAGGAAACAGACAUACAACCACCCUCUAUUCAUGAGCAGGGUUCGAGCUGGGCAAUAGAAGUAGGAGAUCAGCUAAAAGUAUGUCCUAUAGUUGUCGAAAAUAUUGGCAUCGAUGGGCAAAUGUUGGUAGAGAUAAUGAGUGUCGAAUGUGUCAAUUUUUUGGAGAUCACGGAAGCGCUAAGAAGCAUGGGUUUGACUAUUUUAAAAGGUGUAACAGAUGUCCAUGGAGAUAACAACUGGAUGUGUUUCAUUGUUGAGGUAAAGAAUAACAGAAGCAUUCAUCGAGUGGAUAUACUGCUGUCACUUAUUCAAAUAUUGGAAUCAAAGAGGAAGACUUGAGCCUGGCAGCCGAUGUAAAGUGAUCGAGAGUUCUGCCUUUGGCAGUUUGUGUUCUUUUUUUUUUUUCUUUCUGAACAGUUUGUGUUCUAUAGCUAUGGUUUUUGACACUACUGGGAUUUCUGGCUUGUUUUGGUAUUGUAUUUUGUUGCAAAAUUGAUUGCUAGCAAUGAGUGAAGAGAUUGCUUCUUGUUCCUCUU